CCCUUUACCAAACUUUGCACUUGGCACAAUGCAGUCAGGCAGGUUGCUGUUGUUCCCAGUUGCUUCCACUUUGUUAUAAUACCACUAACAGUCGGCCGUGGAAUAUUUAGUAGCAAGGAAAUUUCACAGAUGGACUUAUUGCACAGGUGGCAACCUAUCACGGUACAAUGCUUGAAUUCACUGAGCUCCUGAGAGCGACCCAUUCUUUCAUAAAUAUUUGUAGAAGCAGUCUGCAUUCUUAGGUGCUUGAUUUUAUAUACCUGUGGCCAUGGAGGUGAUUGGAACACCUAAAUCCAAUGAUUUGGAGGGCUGUCCCAAUACUUUUGGCAAUAUAGUGUACAAUAUUUGCUCUUUGCUUCAGUGAUGUAAAUGUGCAAAAUUUGAUUGGACACA